GAUUUUUAGUUUUGUUUGAGUCGUGUUGCGAGUAAGUUCAGCUAUUGCAAAAAAAAAUGAAGUGCCGGCUUCUUGUUAUUUUAAUAUUAACGGCGAAUGUAGUGCAGGCAAAAUAUUUUAAAUGUAAAGAAAAUUACUCCAGUCAUUGUACAAUUACUGAUGUGGGACCGGAAGACAAUAAGGUUGUUUUGGAUAAUUAUGGCAAUGGCAACUAUCGGACUAUAACGCAGCUGACGAUAUUAAAUUCCACAAUGGACGAUAUUCCAUCAAUUUCAUCACCGUAUUCCUUAAACCUCUACUACUUAAAUUGCAUCGGAUGUGGAUUGGCUGACAUCACAAAACAUUCAUUUACUCCACUCAGCCAGUUAGUAUCGCUAAAUAUUUCUUACGGAUCGUAUACAAAAUUGCAAAAGAAUUUAUUCAGUCAACUACCUUCACUAAUACACUUAAAUGUAAGUCAUGGAGCUAUUACUCUAAUCGAUGACGCAGCCUUUUUCAAUUUGGUAAAAUUACAAGGAUUGGAUCUUUCACACAACACCAUUUCCAAUAUAACUUCGAAUAUGUUUACAUCGCUGCCGGAGUUGUGUAUGUUAAAUUUGUCACACAACCGUCUCAAUAUCAUAGAAAAUGGUUUCUUUGUUAACAACACCAAGCUGGAUUAUUUAGAUCUUGCUCAUAACGAUAUCAGCAGAGUAGACGGUCGAUUAUUAUUCACUCCUUCGAAAAUUGUUUCAGAAUUAAUGCUAUCAUACAACCAACUAACAGCAUUCGAAACUCAGAAUGUGGCUAACAUUUGGGUGGACCACAACAGAAUAAAACAACUUCGAAUUUCGAGUUCAGUUCAUUUGAUGAAUGCUAAUAGCAAUGAAAUUGAAAAAUUGAUCUGUGAUGAAAAUGUCAGUCAAAUAAUGUCCUUAGACUUGACCAACAAUUCUUUAAAGGAAUUGGGUUGUAUUGGCUCACUCACUCAAUUGACCACGCUAUAUCUCGACCAAAACGAUUUGGGAAAGUUGAAUCAGAGCACAUUUGCAGCACUAUCAGAACUGACGUCAUUGAGUUUGAAAUCUACGAACAUUGGUGAGUUGGAAUAUGGAGUUUUUUCGCAUCAAAAUAAAUUACGAUUCCUUGACAUCUCCUUCAACCGUAUGGGAAAAAUUUCACUGGAUAUGCUCCUAGCAGCAACAAAUUUAGAAUCGUUGUUCAUUGAUGGAAAUAAUAUCACAGAAUUCGCUUACAAUGACCUGAAAACUGCAUUCACUCACUUCAAAAGAAUUAGCAUCGGAGACAAUGACUUUAAUUGCACGUUUUUGGCACAGUCAAUAAAGCAGUUGAACAGGUAUAACAUUUCAACUAUUGGUUUUUAUGGAAAUAAAGUAACGGAUUCGCAUAACAUUAACGGUAUUCGUUGUAAAGAUAUAAAGGAUUCGUUUACACCGGCAUGGAUGCCAAGUGUUAUAUCAACUGAUAACGGAACAACUGAUGCAAUAAACAAUGAAGUCAAUGUCAGGUUGGAUGCAGUCAUUCAACAAGUGGAGAAACUGUCUCAGAUUAUAACGGCAAAUGAUAAAAAAUUUGAGAAACUUUUCGAAGACAUUACUGCUGUGAAACAACAAAAUUUUAAAACGAACACCGACAUUCUCGACGUGAAAGCAGAAAUAUUGAAAAUUGAAUUAACCAAGAAUACUAAUUCGACGAGCUCUUCUAACGCAAUGUGGACGCAAAUCAAUCAACUUAGCAACAUCACUCUAGAAAAGCAGCAAAUUAGUAGUCGAGUUCAAGCGCAAGAGAUCAAUGAGGUAAAGUUUGAGAUUGAAAAGAACAGCCAUAAACUGAACGAUGUCUCUUCGAAAAUGGAAAAAUUAAUGAAAGAAGUAACCGUGCUACAAUCUUCGUCUACUCUAGGUGCAAGUGACCACCCGAAAGACAGUUCAACUUCAAAUUUCGAUUUAAUUAAAAAUGUGAACAUCAUUCUUAUCACAUUGAUUGUGGCAUUUAGCAUUUACAAAGGAUACAAAUUCGUGAAAAACGACCUACCACGUGUCAGGCGAUACAACACAGCAAAUACUUUGCAUACAAACAUUGAAAUGGAUAACAGUUCUUGAUUUUGGAAUGUUAUUUGUGUUUCAUUACUGUAGUCAGCCAACUGUUGCGUUUUUGCUUUUUAUUU